AAUAAUUUCGUCGAGUGUAUGUAUUCACUUAGCUGGUUGGCCUUGAGUGAGCUCACGUGACAAUUAGCGUCCGUCGUUACUAAACCAGUUCUAAACAGAGAGGCCAGACGAGCGGCGUCUCUUGCGCUCACAUGACUUGGGCAGGUGCCAAAGGUGGCGGCUAUCUCGGAAGGUGAUGGAGUGCACCUACGACGAAGACCUCAACGAAAACGCGUUCUUCCAACUGCUGCAGACCGAUCACCAAGAGCUUUUCCAGAAAGCCACUCUUGAGGGCUGGGUCAUCUGUGUGCCCAGGGCGGGCGCCCUGCCCAAGUACCCACUCACUGACGAGGACUUCCUUACGCACAUACUCAUUCCCAGCGAUGAGCUCCCCGAGAGCCACUUUUGCUCACUGCUGGACAGACAGGUGAAGGUCCUGGACAGGGCCAUCACGUCUGAAGGGGACGAUGGCCGCACCUUUAGCACCACGAUCUUGUUUGAAGAGACCUGCUACACGAGUGAACUGUACAAAUAUAAAGUUUUGUGCUUGGAGAAUCUGCUGGAGCAGCACUCCUGCUCAGGACAUGCACUGACAAACCCGUUGAUCUCCCUCGGCAGCCUGCGAGACUGCAUUGACUUCCUCUUGUCUGAGGAUGGUGGUCAGCUAGCUUUGGAAAAGCUAGACGAGGCAAUUCAAGGCUUUCUCAACAGCCAGCCGGACUUGGAAGCCGAACCGCUGCAAGUGCAGAGAGACCUGACCAAAGGACUGUACGAGCAUUGUUUGAGCAGCGCUCUUAGAGAGCUCAGACUGGAAGAGCAGAACUCAAAAGUCAACAGGCAUGUGUUGCAGAAUGCUCGAGUUGCUGUUGAGACUUACAUGCAGCAUGGAAUCUACAAAAGUCUCAUAAAAGGAAUUGUAGCUGCUACAGCCAAGGAUGAUGCAAAGCUGAACAAAAUCAUUAGAAACUCGGUUGAACUACAGUUAAAGGAUUUAGAUGUGAGGAACGAGCUCUAUGAGAAAAUCCCAGCUGCCAAGCAAGAAUUGGCUAAGAUUGAUGGCUUCAGCACUGUCAUUGGCAAAGUGGGAUGCAUUCAAAAAGGAUUGGCAAUCCUAUCAGGAAAUCCAGCAAAUCAGGCAGUCAGUGCGGAUGACUUCCUGCCUAUUCUGAUUUUUCUGGUUGUCAAAGUCUCUCUUCCGAAUUGGCUGGCCCACCUCACAAUGAUGAGAGACUUUAAUUUCUCCGACCGAGACGAAAAUCUCAACUCGUUUCUGGUGACUUCGUUGGAAGCUGCUCUGGAGCAUGUGCGGUCAGGUCGGCUAUUUGAACCUCUCUAUCCAGAGGCGCAGAGCGAAGAAAAUGCUAGACAGCAAAUCGAUAGUCUCGAGAAUGUAACCGAAUACCUUUUUUACAACAUCAAAGUCAACAACCUGUCCAAGGUCCAAGACCUUCUUACCCCGUCUUCGCUGCUCGACGAAAUGUUAACAGAUAACCUGUGCCACCCGCUGUGCAACUGCGAUAAAUGUGAACUCGAACUUGCCAGGCAAAGAAGCAGUCUUGCCAUCAACUUGCUCGCCACUAAUGAAAAGGGACUGACCUCGCUGCACGUUGCCUGCAAAUAUGGACGCCUGGAAAUAACCGAAUUUUUGCUGGAAAUAGGAGCUCAAGUGACUUCUAAGGACCUAAGGGGCAACACGCCCCUUCAUUACACAGCUCUAGAAGGCCAUCAACACCUAAUGCUCCUCCUUUUGAACUCGAGGGCGACCCCCAACAGUCUUAAUAACGACGGAAAUUCCCCAUUGCACUUAGCAGCGCAGAAUGGCCAUGAAACUUGCGUCAAAGCCCUUAUCUACUUCUGCGAACACACAAAUCGGCCCUUGAACGUGAAUCUAGCUAACUUGAACGGCGAUGGCCCUCUGCAUCUUGCCUCAAAGUGGGGAUACGAAGGCAUUGUCCAAAUCCUGCUAGAAGCUGGCUCAAGACCUGACGCUAAGAACAACCGCAAACUCACUCCUAUGGAUCUGGCGCACAGCAUCCACAUCUCGAAACUGUUAUCCACCGCCGUACAACCGUCUUCAAGAGGGUUCAGGAAACGCCUAAGCUUUAUUAAAAUGAGAAUUGCAGCCGCCUCUAAACUUCGGCUGGAUCUGAUGGACCUCACUCUAGGAGCAAGCUCUUUGCCCAACCCCAGUAAAUCUAAGGAUAACAAUCAUGAGUAUGGUACUAAACCAUUGACUGUCCAACAAAAUAAAAAGGCGGAGAAGCUUCUACGCGCCAUUUCUGUUGGUGAUGUGCGUCUGGCCUGUUAUUACCUAGGAAUCGAAGGUUCCAUCAACCAUACGUCCGCCAUGUUUCACGUGCCCUGUCAUCCCCUAUGCAGUUGUGACAAAUGCCAAGCUCGAGAGCGCUCCCAGUCGCUCUCUGAGUGGGAGCUGGUGGAUUAUCAUGACGUUGGUGAAGAUAUGCUUGAUCCCAACGUAUGCAAUUCUGAGGGUAUAACACCCUUGCAUGCAGCAGCCAGCGCUGGGUGCGCCGACCUCAUUCCGUUGCUUAUCUGCUCCGGUGCAAGUGUCAAUAUAAGAACCCUAGGUAGGGGAUCGACGCCCUUACAUUUGGCCUGCCAGGCCAAGAAAGUACCAGCGAUGUCAGCGCUGCUUGACGCUCCAAGUUGUGACGUGAACGCGCAGGAUUCGCGGGGUAACACGCCGUUGCACUACGCCGCCAUCCAAGGUAGUGCACCCAUGACAGAGUUGCUGCUCUCUAGAAUGCCCAAUUUGCAGACCAAAAAUGGCGAAGGCAAAACACCUCUUGAAGAGGCUGAGGAGAUAAUGGCCCUGAGGGUUGUCCAACUUUUGAAAGGCGAGCUCUUUACCAAUUAAUGUGAAACUGUAAUUUUGUAACUUUUGGGUAUGAUAUUUGCAAUAAACUUCAGAGGAGAUCUAAAAAAGAUGCCUUGGCAAACCGUACUGUUUACUGAAUGAUAACUAGUCUGAAAUAAAAUUGAAAGCUGUGAAGUUGCCAGGCAAUGAAUUCUCUCUAUGAACUUAAGUUUUGUCUUGUCAAUCGUCAAUUAAUGUAUUUAAAUGUAGGCCAGAACUAAAUCAUGUAUGCACUCAGUAUUUUUGCAUCUUACUAACCAAGUGCCAAAUAAUUUGUAAAUAAUAAAGGACAAUACUUAUUUCAA